AUGUCUGCCAGCGCGGCGACCGGACUUGCCAUCACAAAUCCUCUAGUGAAAUACCGAGCACUCUUGGCUACCAAAGCAAUCGCUUCUGAUCCCGCACAACACCGCCUUGCUAUACAACUGGCCAAGCUUUACGAUCGCUUAAAGGAUUACGAGCCCGAGCUAGAAUAUUCCCAUAGGCUUGACCAGAUAUCGCGAGCCAUUGGAUCUCAAAGACGCAUUACAGAUCCCAAACAAGAUGCUGCUGCUUCAAGGCAAGGGACUUGGCGAUCAUGGUUCGCUACCAAAGAGAAAAGAGAUUCUCUUGCCCUCACACGGCGAUUGACCUCCCACGAAUCGGCCGUGCAGAUGGAUUCUCCAAAAGGCUUGAUGCUCCACGGCGAAGUCGGCACCGGAAAAUCAAUGCUCAUAGAUCUCUUCGCAGACUGUCUACCCAAUCGAAAGAAGAAAAGAAGUCAUUUCAACACAUUCAUGCUCGAAACUUUUGCGAAGCUAGAAGCCUUGCGAGUCGAUCGAAGCAGAGCUGGGAUCUCUUCACUGCCGUCAGCUCUUGCUUUCGCUGAAGAAGAUUAUUCUCUCCUUUGGCUGGCCAAGGAUAUGGUUCAAAACAGUCCCAUACUUUUCCUAGACGAAUUUCAGAUGCCGGAUAGGGUGGCAUCUAAGAUCUUGACGAAUCUCAUGACGGGAUUCUUUCAGCUUGGCGGAGUGCUUGUGGCGACUUCAAAUCGAAUGCCAGAGGAGCUUGCGAAAGCUGCAGGAGUAGGCUUUGCGCCCGCACCGCAGCAGCCAACGUGGGCAUAUUCUCUCGGCCUUAGGAGAAGAGGCCAGAGCGAAAGCAAGUAUGGUGGCUACAAUGAGUUUGCUGCUUUUCUCGAAGUGCUGAAAGCGAGAUGCGAAGUCUGGGAGAUGGAAGGUGCUCGAGACUUUCGAAGAAUGGACAGCGGCAGUGUUGCUCCAGUCAAGGACAUCGACUUCAACGACGCAGAUUCCGGAUACGUGACUGCUUCGGAAGCAAGUGCACCUGAAGACACAUCAUUCACUCCUACCAAGAUGCCGAAACACUACAUCAUCACGGCUGAUCCAGAGUCGACGGAGCGUGAGACCGAAGCAUCGAUCAGAGAAGCUCUUGAUGGCCAAUCCAUCGACACCACCGCCUGGUCUCGAGCAGUCAUGAAUGUCUACGGCCGAGUUGUCGAAAUCCCCCGAGCCUACAAAGGCGUCACAAUGUGGACCUUCGAAGAACUCUGCAAAGCAACAUUCGGCCCCGCGGACUACAUCUCUCUCGCAUCCAGCUACCACACCCUCAUCCUCACCGAAGUCCCAAUCCUAACCUGGCUAAUGAAAAACGAAGCCCGUCGCUUCAUCACCCUCCUCGACGCCCUCUACGAAUCCCGCUGCAAACUUUUCAUCUCCGCAGCCGCAGGUCCCGACGACAUCUUCUUCCCAGAAGAAGAAAUCCAGAAAUCCAACGAAGAAAGCGACAGCGUCUACUCCGAAACCCUCUCAGAAGUCUACCAAGACGCAACAGCCCCCUUCCGCCCCAACAUCCUAACCCAAAACCCCAACUACGCAGAACCACACCCGGAACCCGAUUACACCCACGCUCGCCUAGCAGAUCCCGACGAAACCACCGAAAUCCGCGGACCCGCAGAUUUCACCAAAACUUCCGCUUUCACGGGCGAAGAUGAAAGGUUUGCGUAUAAACGCGCGCAAUCGAGGUUAUGGGAAAUGUGUUCUGCGAGAUGGUGGGGGCGUGAGGGAGAGGGUUGGCAUCGGCCUACGGCGAGGGAAAUUCGAGGGUGGGAGAGGGUUCAAGGGAGGGAUACAUGUCGUGCGAAGGAUUUUGUUGUUCCUAAGGGUUCUACGGAGGUUAAGAUGGGGGGUGCGAUUGAGGAUUCUUCGAGGCCGGAGGAGAGUUUUAAGAGGGUUGAUGGAGCGAGACUUGAGCCUGCGAGGAAGAUUUCGUGGGUGCAUUUUUGGGGGAUGAGGAAAUGGGGGAAAGGUGCUGGGGUUUGGGGGCGAGGGGUUGAGGGGUUGGAGGAUAGGGGGGGUGAGAAGAGGUGA